UUGACAUAUUUGGUUUUAUGGGUUUAUGUUUAUACGCAAAGAUAUGUAAUUAUGUAUUAAGUUCACAAAGUUAUUGGUUAAUAUUGUUUUAUUUGUAACGGACUUAUUAUAAAAAAUGCCAACGGUAUUAUUACUCGACAUUUCUUUGUCGAUGUCUCGACCGGUGCCUACUUCGGACUCAACUGAAAAUCAUACUCGUCUUACCAUUGCUUCUUCUGCAAUAAACACAUUUUUAGAUUAUUUAAGUGUUCAUGCAAAAUUGGAAUAUGUAGCUUUGGUUACUUAUUCGUCUCUAUACGAAGUAUCUGUACCAUUUACACGAGAUUAUGAUUCAAUUCGCAACAAACUUCCCCUUCUUGAAGAAGGCGACAAGACAUGUAUAGAAACAGCUUUGCUUGGUGUAAACCAGCUUAUACUCAGUGAGUGGGGAUAUCAAACACCAGUACAAAUUAUAAUAAUAACAGAUGGCAGCUGUGGAGUUGGUGCUAUUGGUAGAAACCGCAUUAUACAAGCUUUACCUUUACCACCUUCAUAUCCUACUAGGAUACACAUUUUGCCAAUAGUAUCUCCACAUGAUCCUUGCUUACAACAAGCAAUGCCACUGUAUCAGAAGAUUGUGGACUUAGCUACAGGCACUACUAACAGUUCAAAUCUUAGUAUUUCACGUGGUGCUAUAUUUUGUCCAGACCAGUUAUCUGUACCUGGGGCAAUAACAGCUAUGACGCGACUCUGUGAACAAUAUUACCAAGAAUUUUGGUGUUCACUGAAAUGCGGCCAGUUGGAAGCCAAAGUGCAAUUGUUCCCAGCACCACAAGCCGCUCUGCAAGAUGGUCUCAUUACAAGUUACACAAUAGCGCAUCAAUUGCAUGUUGUGGGUUUCCUCCAUCAACAGGACCUGGGUACACCAAUAGCAAUAAGUAAACAUUUAGUAAUACCUCAAGCUGGUAAUGCUAGUAGCAAGGAAAGCUAUGAAUCAAAGACGCCAACAAAGGAAGGUUCUAGUACAGAUGGAUCGGCCACUGAAGAAGAUACUUCAGAUCCCAGCAAGAUACCAAAUUUUUGUGUCUUGCUUCAUGGUGCAUUAAAGGUUGAAAGUAUGUCAGCGAUAGUUCAAUUGGGUUCAGAUUGGUGGGGCACAUUGACAGCGUGGUGUGAAGCAUCCAGAUCACGCCGCUCAUGCCUCCUGCUUAGCGUGCUGAGGCCAGGAGUCUCCGCCGCGCCAUGGCUUGGCCCUCUAGAUCAAUUAGGACCAAUUGAUGAUAAUACUACUCCAGCGGAAGCAUUCCCUAUACGAUCUUGGCGAUCGUACAGCAGUGGUGGAUCUGGAUGCGCUUGGGCCCGACCGCAUGCGUUACUCGCUGAUGUUCAGAAAGUUUUACGUCAUGCAAGAAAACUUCCAGACAAAACGCAGCAUCUUUACAAGGAACUGAACCGUCUUCGUAGAGCCGCUAUCUCGCUCGGGUUUUCAGAGCUUCUCACUUGCGUUAGUAACGCCUUGGAGCGUGAGCGCACUGCGUUGCCGAGCUCAGCGCCACAAGAGUGUUCACUGCAGUUGGCUCAUGCUGCUGCAGCAUUGCGCGAUUCAAGAACAGCAUUGGAUAUCAAACAUGUACUGCAGCCUCUGGCUGCUAAUUUCACCGUGUCAUCCAUGUCUCAUUAAUUACAAUCCAUAUUGAAGUUUUAUAUAUAUUUGUAAAUGAUACCAUUAUUAAAUCAUUUUCUCUGA